UUCGUUUCUCUUGUUGCAUUUUAUUUUUAUAUAAACAUUAAUCAUUGGAUUAAUCAUCUCCUAAUAAACAAAUAUUUUAUAUAUAUCCGUUGCAUGUGUACCUAGUAUGGCGAACCCGCCAAAAACUUGUUAAAAUGAAAGCGCUUGAUGAUGUUGCUGGUGCUACAAGCAGCUUGGCACUAAGCGCCGAGCGCUGGCAGAGAGAGGUGCGCUGGUGGGACGAUCCUGCCAAGCACGUACCACCCCGCGCGUACCUAUUUAUUGGCAAGGCCACGCCAGCGGCGCGCCAGUGCGCAGACGACGGUCGGACGCGCUGUAUCUGCUACUACUGUGACCACCGCGCAGCCGCAUACACGUCCGCGCAUAAAUAUUAUGAUCGACUGAUAUAAACGGACAUUUCAGUUCAGUUCCUUUUAUUUGUUUAUUUAAAAAAAGGUUCACAAUGAUUUCGAUACUAUCAAAUUCUAAACUUUUGUGGGGACUAUGUCAAGUGGUGAACUACUGUGUGGCGCCUACGUCGCUGCCGCUGCUUCUGGCGGCGUGCGCGGCUCUGCUGGCGGCUCGGGUGGCGCAGCUGGUGCGCGAGGCGCGCAAGCUGCCGCCGGGUCCGUGGGGCCCGCCGGUCGUCGGCUACCUGCCGUUCCUGGGCGUGCGGCACAAGACCUUCCUCGAGCUCGCGCGCAGCUACGGCGCGCUGUUCUCUGCGCGUCUGGGCAACCAGCUCACAGUCGUGCUUAGUGACUACCGGCUCAUCAGAGAAGCUUUUCGCCGCGAAGAAUUCACCGGGCGCCCCAGCACGCCUUUGAUGCAUACAUUGGAUGGCCUUGGUAUCAUCAAUAGCGAGGGCCGCCUCUGGAAAAGUCAGCGCCGUUUCCUCCAUGAAAAACUACGCGAGUUCGGAAUGACCUACAUGGGAAACGGCAAAAAAAUCAUGGAAGCCAGAAUUAAGAACGAAGUGCAUGACCUGAUAACCAAUCUGCGUAAUUCAGAGUGCACACCAAUUGAUCCUAAUCCGCUCUUGGCUCUCGGGGUAUCCAACGUAAUCUGCGGCAUAACAAUGUCUGUCCGCUUCAGCCACGGCGACACACGUUUCACCAGACUGAACCAUUUAAUUGAAGAAGGGAUGCGACUAUUCGGAGAAAUCCACUACGGCGAAUACAUCCCCCUUUACAAUUAUUUACCCGGUAAAGCUCAAGCUCAAGUAAAAGUUAUGCAAAACCGCGACGAGAUGUUUGCAUUUUAUCAAACAUUAAUUGAUGAACAUCGAGCUACGUUGGACAUUAACAACGCCCGAGAUCUCAUCGAUGUUUACCUGAUCGAGAUCGAGAAAGCCAAGCUUGAAGGAAGAGCCGGAGAAUUGUUCGAAGGACGAGAUCACGAAUUACAACUAAAACAAAUCCUGGGAGAUUUAUUUUCUGCGGGCAUGGAGACAAUUAAAUCAUCUCUGUUAUGGAUGCUCGUGUUCAUGCUCAGAAAUCCAGAAGUCAAGAGACGAGUACAAGAAGAGCUCGACACCGUGGUUGGUCGGGAAAGACUGCCCACCAUCGAAGACAUGCCAAAUUUGUCAUAUACUGAAACCACCAUCUUGGAGACUUUGAGAAUGUCGAGCAUUGUUCCUCUUGCCACGACUCAUUCACCAACAAAGGAUGUUCACCUGAACGGCUACAAAAUUCCGGCUGGAUCUCAAGUAGUACCCCUCAUCAACUGUGUGCACAUGGACCCCAACCUUUGGGACGAGCCCGAAAAGUUCAACCCAGGCAGGUUUCUCGACGAGGACGGAAAGAUCAGACGCCCGGAAUAUUUCAUGCCCUUCGGCGUGGGACGGCGGAUGUGUCUUGGAGACGUCCUCGCGCGCAUGGAGAUGUUCAUGUUCUUCGCGUGCGUGAUGCACCAGUUUGACGUGCAACUCGCGGAGGGUGCAGACUCUCCGUCACUAGAAGGCACGGUGGGUGCUACGAUCGCUCCGCAAGCGUUCCGCCUGCGGUUCAUUCCGCGUUCGCCGCCCGCGCCGCUGGUACCGGUUGUGCCCGACCACCCGCAUCUGCGUCACGUCGGUGCGCACUAAACCCCGAUAAGUACUUACCAUACCAGAAAUUUACCAACGAUUUGACAACCUCAUUGACUAUAGCCAACAGUGAUCAUGACAUUAUAAUUGAUAGCCAGUACAAUAUGGAAUUUUCGUCACAUAAAAUCAUUUUCAUUUCAUAUUUAUUUACAUGUUUGUGUAUCAAAAACAAUUCAGAAAGUGAAUUUCAAUUGUAUCUUUAUUCAAUUAGGUAUUUUCAGUUAGGAAGUAAUCACGACAAGUUUGAAUAACAAUUUCAUUGGUACUUUUUUGGAAUGGAAUUAUAAAUCAGGAUGUAAUCGACACGGCGUUCCUGCCACUUUACCCACCAGUAUUCACUGAUCACUCGUUUUAGAGCGCAUCGACGACCAUUUAUUUAAGUUAUAAUUAUAAAAUAAGUAACGACGUUGCUCAAGCGACAGUCGAGGCUGUGCAUAAAGUGUUCAAUUUAGUAGAUAACAAAAGUAUAGACAUACUGAAAACUCCCAUCGUUGAGAUUAUUAAAUGUUUUUCGUAUAUGUAAACAGUAUUAAAAAACAUGAUUUCUUGAGUGACCUGUCAGGUCUUUGAAAUUUACACAAUACGAAGUACAUUUGUAAAAUUUGUUCAAUGUAAACACUAAUUAAGUUCUAGUAUACCAAAAUUGUAUAUUCAUUCUAGGUCAUUAUUUAUUAAGAUCACUUAGAAGAGUGCCUGUUGAGUGUGAUCUCAUGUUUGUUGUAUUGAAUAUCAUUGUUUCGAUAGGUUUUGCAAGUGUUCAUCUGUAACUUUUCUAGUUAACACGAUAUUAUAUUGUACCUUUCAAGAUAACAUUCCAUCAUAGUUUAGGUUCAACCAGUAACUAGUCUAUAUAAUAGUAAAUAGUUAAGUGAUCUUUAAUUAUCAGUUGGAAGUAGAUGAUUUCAACUUUGUGCAACCUGGUUGCUCUGUACUGAACUUAUAUUUAUACUUUCAGCUCACCGCUAAAUAGUAUAUUACCAAUACUUUCGCCUUGUAAAUAUAAAGGUAGCUAUUAAACAGAGAAUACAAAUGUGUAUUACAGAAAUAAAUAAUGAAAAGAGAAAU